AUGGAGGAGGUUCUUGGCAGAGUACCACCUUCGAGCCAGGAAACAUCCUCACUAGCAGCAGAGACGCGACUUCUGCGAGUGCAGACACAGGAGCUUGUGAAGGAAAUCCGCAUGCUCCGUGAGUCCCUCCAGCAGAGGAAAGCAGCGCAAGCUGGGAGCGCACAGCCAGCUGCUGCUCCAGCUGCUGUCAGUCCAGCUGUAGCACCAGCACCAGCAGUGGCGCCGACCCCUGUGCGGGCAGAACCUCCAGCAGCACCAGCGCCACCACCCCCGAUCAAAGCACCAGUAGCGACACCACCAGUUUCCGCCUCUGCGUCUACCGCGACGGCUGAGCCUGUCACCUCUACAAUCGCGAAAGUCGUUAGUGCUGGAUGGGGUGACGGCAACGUUGCCGAUUUCCUCUUGAACGGUCGCAAGAUAGACAUCCGAGGGGAGGCAGGCCGACGAGGGCUCAAUGUGGUGACCAUUGACCCAGACACUCAGCAGGUCAUGUCUCGAAAGACGUACGACGUUUGGGCUGACCCGCAGACCGAGAACACGCGUCUGGCCGCCGACAUCAACAGCUUGCCUGAUGGCCGUGUGAUCUUGGUGGCGUGCAAGGACUCUGGUAUGGAAAACCUGGAUGCGCGAGCCAUCGCAGCCCUUUGGAGUGCCGGUGCGACUGUGCCUGGCGGCAAAGAGAGGGAGGGCUAUGCUCUGAUCGGCAUCAAGGGGAGCGAAGCCCUUGCUGAAGAGCAAGGUGGUCGGGUCGAGAUCGAGGGUGAGCUGCCUUUUUUUGUGCGGCACCCCCCUCCUCUUCCACCGAGCUCGCCAUCUCCACCACCAAUGCCUGUGGCAUCUCAGCCGCAGCAGUUUAGUCCUCCAACCUGGGCCAAGGAACCGGCAGCUCCUAAGCCGCCGAGCACCUUCCCAACGGCUCCUCCCACUGCAGAGCCUGCACAGAAGGUGCGUGUGCCGAAGCUGCAGGUAGAUCCCCAAGGUGGGGUUACAUACCAAGACGAAAUGGUCGAGCGAGACGGCAAGCCCGAAGAACAGGGCCAAAGUUGGCAGGAGGUCGUGCUCAUGCUAGACAAGCUGCAGGCAAAGAUCAAGGCACACUUUGCAUUGCAUUGGCACACGGCACAUCCUCAGCAGAUCUCACAAGCCGUUCGCAAAUCGCGAAGCGACUUGCGGGUGCUUGACUGCCAGGUGAACCUCUUAGAUCUAUUCGGCGAUGGAGACAGAAGUCUGACCUGCCACAAGAGCCUGCAGAAGACGGUUCGCCGAUGGCAGCUAACACCAAAGUCCGUGCUUGCUGAAAUUGCUGCGUUUUGCACCAGUCUCCCAGGUCCGAACUCAUUUCCUGGCCCACAUGUCUUCCUGUUUGCUUAUCGCUAUUGGCGUUUGUUUGUCUAUCUUCUUGCUGCCUUCUUUUCCCCUCUCCUUUUCUGCUUCUCUCGGUUGUGGGCUUCAGAUGACGCUUCACCGGAGUUUGCGGAACCACAGCCGGCCGUGAUCCCACAGGCUUCAAGAGAGGUGCGAGCUGUACCAGCUGCGGUCCACCUGCAGCCAGCCCAGGCUAGUGACGGCACCACGUGCGACAGUGGGAGAAAUGAAAUUGGGGAAAUGGCAGUGGUACCGGAGACUGUGCCGCGGACAGAUGGAGUACUCCUGGAAGCGAUGCGACGUUUGGAGCGCCAAGCAGCACAACUCGAGUUGGAGCUGAUGGCUCUGAAGCGAAACGAGGUGAUGUGUUUCCAGCUGAGCGACGUGAGUAGCCACGAGCAGGCCCCUGCUGCGGUCUAUCUUGGCUAUUAUGACAUCAGCAAUGGCACGGCGCAGCGUCUGCUUGGGCUUGAGGCCGUGUGGCACACGGCUGUAAUCGUGCAUUGGCCUCACAUGCGCAGCGAACUCUAUUUCGAUGGCAACGUCAGGGCAUCGGAUCCUGGGAGCUCUCCCUUCGGCAAGCCUGAGAAGGUGGAGUUUGUUGGGCACACAGCUAGAAGUCCAGAAGAAGUCUUGCAGUGUUUGACCAGGUGCCAAGCAGAGUUUGCCGUGUACAACCUGUGGACGCAGAACUGCAACCAUUUCUCCAACAAAAUGCUCAGCUUCCUUUGCGACCAGCAACUUCCGGUGGAGAUUCUCGACCAGCCCACUGCAGUCUGGAGAAAAGUCCCGCUGCUACUUCGCCCUCUCCUGCGCUGCCUCACCUGCAGGCAUGGACCGCCACCUGUGGCCCGGCAAGCCGGAGGUAGAUCCCCAAGGUGGGGUUACAUACCAAGAUGA